UUAGUUCUGACUGGAUUCCAUAGUGGCAUGUUGCCCUCCUACUCUUUGAGCGAGACCGAUGAACGCCGUAGAUUGAAUGAACACAGUAAGCGCGGACACGGCAGUCUCCAUAUGUACCAUGGGCCUGAAGCACCACCAACGCGUUGCAUUUUCCCUAUUGCGUGUGUUUUGCCGAGUUUGGCGUUCUUUUUUUGAAAUAUUAGGUUGGACGAAAGACAGUCGUUGAAGAACCAUGGCGUCCAUCGGUAUUGAUUUCGGGACAUCAACUAGCGCGAUAUCGAUUUUCAGAGGCGGCAAACCAGAGAUCAUCCCGAACGAAUACGGGAAUAACAGGACAGCCUCCUUUGUUAGUUGGGACUCUCUGAGCAAAAUUGUUGUUGGCGAUUCUGCCAAAGAUACUGCCUCUACGAACCCAACUAACACUGUGACGUCGUUGAAGACAAUCCUUGGGAGAAAGUUCAAUGACCCACUAGUCAACAGUUUCGCCACUGCAAUCCAGUACAAAAUUGUUGAUAACGGGAAUAUCCCAUUCAUCAAGCUGACGUAUCAGCAAAGGGAUGGCACCCCGACCCCAUUGAUAUCACUUGAAGAAGCCGCCACCAGGCUUUUCGCUGAAUUCAAGCGAUCCGCCGAGCUCUACUUGCGAAAGCCAGUGUCAAACGCCGUCGUCACUAUCCCCGUAUAUUACAGGACAGCGCAGCGGGAGGCCCUCAAACGUGCAGUGAAGGCAGCGAAUCUCAAUAUUCUGCGGUUGCCUUACGAAGCAAGCGCCAUUCUCACCGCAUACGCAUUCCAGCAUCGGGCCGCAGGCCAAGACGACUACAACGUCGCCCUUGUUGACUUCGGAGCGGGCUCACUGCAGGUAGCCAUUGCCAACAUAUGGGAAGGAAUCGCGGAAUUCAAAAGUGUAAAAGGCAACCCUGAAAUUGGGGGGGAUAUGAUUGAUCUGCGCCUCCUGGAUAUGCUUCUUGGCGACAUUCAUCGGAAACUUGGGAUAGAUCUCCGCCAGGACCAACCAUCCCUACGGCGUUUGCGUAGUGCAUGCGAGCGUGCCAAACGAGAACUCUCAUCGCAACUGGUCACAUCGGUCGAAAUCGACGCACUACCUGGGGGUUUUGACUAUCAGUCGGACAUUUCAAGAAAUAAGCUGGAAACAAUAUGCACUGAUCUGUUUGUUUCCAUGACGGACACCUUCGACUCAGCUCUAAAAGGGGCCAAGUUGGAAAAGAAGGACAUUCUAAAGGUUCUUCUGAUUGGUGGGUCGUCGAAAAUGCCCGCCGUGGUGGAUAAAGUAUCUGGUUGGUUCGGGCGCGACGCAGAGAAGCUGCAAGACACUCCUCAGCUUGCUUCUUUGGGUGCAUCCAUCCUAAGUGGACCAGCCCCUGAUGAGCCCCAAGACGAUGCUCCGACUGAGCAAUUCUUAGCCUUGGAGGUCGCCAACACCGCCAUCGGAGUUGAAACCCUUGGCGGAGCUUUUACGCCAAUCAUUCCCCGAAAUAUAACAAUACCCACCAAAAGCACGAAAUCGUUCGCAACCGGUCUCGAUGGUCAGACACGAUUCAUUAUAAAGGUGUACGAGGGCGACCGGGCAAAAGCAGCGGAUAAUACUCUUCUCACCGUUCUUGAUAUCAAUGACAUACCCCCCGCACCGAAGGGUUCCGGUAUUGGAGGCGCCAAUACCGUGGACGUAAGAGUCGAGAUCGACCACAACCAUGAAAUCACGAUCAUCGCCGCCCACCGAGCCACUGCUCGCGAGUUUUCAUAUCAUCUGAGCCAUGAGGUGAUUUCGUAUGACUGGAGCAAGAAAUUCGGAGAUUCAUCGUUGUACGCUCCAUUGGCCGUCAUUGCAGAGCCAAACUUUGUGAGAGGAUAUGCAGAGCGUGCUAUGUCUCCCCCACCCGGAUUUCCGCAACCACGGCCCUCAGGUAGUGCGGAUCCGGUCCCCAUCAUCCCCCAAAGGGACACUGCACGUGAAGAUCUCGAGGCGUAUGCCCUCGGCCUUCGACAUGCUUCCUUGAAGCUGAAUGAGGCCAGCGUCGAUGGUCUUGACUUCGUUCGACGAGAUGCGGCGGCCGGCCUUACUUCCUCUUCUGUGUAUGUGGACAAGCUGAAGGAGCUCAAAGCUCUAUGCAACAAUCUAUUGCAUGAUUUUGGGGCGUAAUACAUAUUACCAGUCACUCUGAAUAGCAUGCUGGCUCUCAGACAAAUUAUUCCCAAUACAUCUUGCAGUCCCCAUACAGACACCAUGUUGUACAAAAGUUUUUUUUAACACUGAUACACCCCAAGACCGAUUGUUGCCAAUGAAAUUCCGAAAAUUAAUAAGAAUCCGAGCCGUCGAA